AUGGGCAUCGAAGCCGAUUUGGGACUCCUGGGACCUGCUGGACCCACCUGGACAGGCUUGCAGGCUGACCUACGGAGCGUUCACGCACCCGGCGUGGGACAUGGCAUCGAGUCCGAAAUCAAAAGUGGCAUCACCGGAGAUCAGAGCCUCAAGGAUAGCUUGCAAGAGAAGCUGAAUGCAACUCUUCACAAAGACGUGGCCAUCAACGAUGUCUUGGCGUUGCCCACAGGAUCUGGACAAUUAAGGUUUGCAGCAUACACCAUUUGCGAGUACUUCUUUGUGGCCUUCUUCUUGUGUGAGAUGCUCCUGAGAUUGUGCGACCUGGGGUGCCGGAACUACCUUUGUAGAUAUGCAUGGACACCUUUGGACAUGGCUGUAGUGACCACAGGUCUCAUGGAUCUGAGUUUGCCAUUCAUUCUGGACGCUGAAGUGGAAAGGAUGUCGGUGCUGCCUUUCCUUCGUUUGCUACGCGUGCUGCGCUUGUUGAAACUGUUUCAGGUUUGCCAACCUUUGCGCAUUGUUGGCCGUGGCGUGAUCAAAGCCUUUGCCGUGGUCAUGUUGGUCGGGAUGGUAGUGCUCGUUCUGAACUUCGGUUUGUCCAUCAUUCUCACAACGCUCAUUGGUCAGAGGGGAGUGUUGCUGGCAGAUGAAAAUUCGGGCGCCUCUGUGGUGGAAUGGUUUGGUUCCAUCGGUCGCUCUAUGCAGACAUUGUUCACCAUCCAGACGCUGGCGGGCUGGGACCACAUUGCAACUACACUCAGCACGAUCUAUCCCAGCAGCGUUGUGGUGCCAAUGGUGGUGCUUUACAUGAUGAUUUGCUGCUUCGCGGUGGUCGGCUUGAUCACCAGCGUCAUCAGCGAUUCCUUCAUGGCCUCGCAGCAACGGGAGCAGAAGAGCAAGGAGGCUGCAAGGGAUGCCCGGCGACACGCUGCUGCUAUGGAGCUGGGGAAGCUCUUCACGGAACACGGGAGGAGCUUCCCAGGCUUCAUCAACCGCAAGGAAUUGGAAGCGGCGGUGCAGGAAGGGUUUGUAACGCAGAUUCUGAACAGCAUGGAAGUUCCUGCAAAUAAGACCGACAUCUUGAAGCUCUUUGACAAGAUGAACAAGGAGGCUUCCUUUGCUGGCCGUGUGCAGGCAGAACACAUGGCGGAAGCGGUCACGAGCAUCGCUGGAGGAUGGAGAGUGUCAGGCUUCUUCGAUGUGAAACACCAAGUGCUUGGUGUCAAGAAUGAUGUCAUGAUGAAAGCCGAGCUUGCUGCCAAGGAAGCUGCAGAUCAGCGCCGCGAACUUCAAGAUCUCGACAAGAAGACUAAGCACCUGGCAAUUGAGGUGCAAAAGGAGGUGAAGGGAAUCCACGAUGAACUGGCCGUUGUGAAAGCCCAGAUCAGCAAAGUACUGGUCAAGAUGGAGGAGCAAGCCAAAUGGCUUGAACAGGAGAAGAAGGAAAGAAGCACCACUUUGGCAUGGGGGCCCAACACAAAAGCAACUGCACCAGGCAUCGCAAAUCAGGCAGACGUACAGGAGAAGCUCAGCACUCUGCCCACACAGGCAGCUGCAUUGUCUGGAAUCAGCAGCCAGGUUGAGCUGCUCGAAAAACAGGUGCUAUCCCAGUCCUCCCUGGGAGGAAAGAUGGAUGCGCUCACGGUUCAAGUGGCCACACAAGCCAUGGUGGGAGCCAAAGUCGAGGCAGCUGGGCUUCAGUUGAUGAAGCGUACCAUGGCGUAG